AUGCUGCCUGUUUCUCGGGCUCUGUUGGACCGAGAGAGAGAGAUGGACCCCCUGGCAGGUGUGCACCAAAACCCCGGUGUUCCUCCUGCGGCUGUGCGGGGAAUGAAGCGAGGAGACCCGGAGCCGGACGGGCAGACGGCCGCUGCUCUGCUGGACACCGUGUCUGGAGCAGAGUGCAAGCGCCCGCGGAUGGAUGGCACUGGGGGUCUGGGAGAUGUCGGCCAGAACAAUGAUCCUUUGACGUUGGGCUAUCAUGGAUAUCCUACUCACAGUCAGGGCUCUCAGGAUAGUGCUGGUGGUCAGGAGGGACUGGUGCCUCCCCCCUUCUCUGCUUUCCCUCCACCCCCACCGCCGCCCCCUCAGAACGGCCUGACGCUGGAUUACGGGGGCAGCCUGUACGCGGCGGGGGCAGUGCAGGGUCCCGUGGAGGCCGGCGGAGCAGCCAACAGCGCCAACGCCAACAGCCUCGGAGCCCAACCAGAUGGGUCUUCCCAGAUUGACGGCCAGUCGGGGGUCGGCGGUGGAGGUGGUGGAGGAGGGAGCGGAGGAGAUGAGUCAGAUGCUAAAGGGGCCCCCAAACGCCUGCACGUCUCCAAUAUCCCCUUCCGCUUCCGGGACCCCGACCUGAGGCAGAUGUUCGGGCAAUUUGGAAAAAUCCUUGACGUUGAGAUCAUUUUCAACGAGCGGGGAUCCAAGGGCUUCGGCUUUGUGACGUUUGAGACGAGUGCAGAUGCAGAGAGGGCCAGGGAGAAGCUCCAUGGCACGCUGGUGGAGGGACGUAAAAUUGAGGUCAAUAAUGCUACAGCCAGAGUGAUGACCAACAAGAAAAUGACAACGCCCUAUGCUAAUGGAGAAGGUCUUGCAGCUCUUCCAUAUGCAGGAUGGAAGCUGAGCCCGAUGGUGGGAGCCAUGUACAGUCCUGAACUCUACACAGUCCCGGGCUUCCCGUACCCAGCAGCAGCGGCCGCCGCUGCCACCACUGCUGCAACCUUUCGGGGGGCACUGCGGGGUCGUGCCCGGCCUGUGUACAGUGCAGUCAGGGCAGCUGUGCCCCAGCCUGCCAUCCCAACCUACCCAGGUGUGAUGGCUUAUCAAGAUGGUUUUUACGGUGCAGCUGAACUCUAUGUUGACAAUAGCUUUUUCUGUUCUCUCUGUAGACUAGUGUUUCAGGACAUUAGUGGCAGAUUGGCCCAGGGUGGAUAUGCAGCGUAUCGCUAUGCCCAGCCAGCAGCGGUAGCGGCCACUCCAGCUGCUGCAGCUGCCGCAGCAGCUGCCUACAGUGACAGUUAUGGGCGUGUUUAUACAGCUGACCCUUACCACGCUGCACUGGCCCCAGCGGCUUAUGGUGUUGGCGCAAUGGCAACACUCUACAGAGGAGGAUACAGCAGAUUUGCCCCUUAUUAA